AAGAAAAACACAUUCCACUUACAGUGCAGACGCAAAGGGAAGGCAGACGAUACACACGACACAAAAGAAUAAAAUUUGAAAAUAUAGAAGGAGAUGGGUUUACAACUGCUUGAGAACAUGCGCUAAAAAGUACACAGGAGUAAUCGGAAGGGAAGUGAGAGAGGAUGACGCACUAGUGUAAGGUGGCUACAGUAGGCAGUGGGCGUGUUCUUCGUGUUGUGAUCUAUAGUUGGGAAGCCCGGUGUCAUCUGCCUGAGCACAGACUGACUGUACAGCUCUGUGAACGAGCAGGACAGGCAGAGCGGACAGGGAAGACCAAACCUGGAAAUACACACCACUCUGCUCUACCUCGGUCUCAACCUUCAACGCUGGAUGAGGAUUCCGUUCCUGUUUACCUGUGCAACAAUCUAAAGAAUUUUUUUUUUUUUUUUUUUUUUUUUUUGUAUUUGGAGCUCAAGAAGAGACAUUACGGGAAAUAGAUUUUUUUUUUUUUUGUAAUUUGAAUUAGAUAUACUGUUUGUGCCUGGUCUGCCACUACAAGAGGAGUUGAAGUGGAGUUUAUGAGUGUGUUAGUGUGUAUUUGUGUCAUGCUUCCAGUUGCGGGUGCGGUCUGUUGCUAUGCUGCACCUUCCAUCUGUCUCUAGCAUGUGCAGAUGUGUGGAGCAGUGAAGCUGGCAUCUAGUUUGGAGUAUAGCACAGUCUGGACUGGAGGGGUUGCAUCUCCCCUUUCUCCUCAGGGGAGGGAGCCUUGGGCUGGGCACCCAAUGGCCCAGCUCCCCUCUAACACCAGCCUUAUCCUUGGUCACAGGGACUCCUUCUAGCAAGUCAGUCAGUUGAACUGUACAAUGGAUGGAAGCCUAUGUGGAUUUAAGAGGAAAUGUGCACUGGUGCUCCAGCAUAGGUCAGAGUUCACUAGCGUGCACUGGACUAGUCAGGGGAAAACAGAAGACACAUUGGUCCACAAACCAGCAGGGACACAGCCCCAUUAAUGCUGUGGAAACACUUGAAGAAUGAUGAGCUCCAAAGAGGAAGAAACUAUACGUUUUUUCCAAUACGUUGAAGAGAAUGGGCUGAGAGCCUACAACGGCCUUGUAGCUCAAAAUUUGGACCACGCCAGGAAUGAGAGAAAUAGGACAUUCCUUCAGGAGAAAAACGAUAAGAAGAGAAAACAGGAGGAAGCCAUAAGGAGGACGGGUGAGGACAUAGCAACUGAAGGCAAGCACUUACGCAUGGGCUCUAUUACCAUGCCAGACCCCCAGGAACGCAUGCCCUUACCACACCCACAUGCCCUCGCCUGUGGGCAAGGUUUCUCCGUACGCUCCCAGUCACUCCACUCCGUAGGUGGUGGGAACAGUGGGGGCGGAGGAGGAGAGGAGGAAGUGGGAAGUCCUACCUCUAGGAAGCAGCCCCCACCCAAACCAAGGAGGGACCCGGCCACCAAGCUGAGCAUGUCGUCUGAGGCGGUGGACCACAGUCCCAUGUCCACCUGCCGCGGGGAGAGAUGUGAUGCACCUCAAGGAUGCAGUGAGGACUGCAGGAGGGUGCCACCACCCAAACCCAAGAGGAACCCGAACACUCAGCUCAGUGUUUCCUUCGAUGAGUCCUACAUCAAAAGCCACAGUAGCAGUGGGGUUUGUCCUUCCAGACCUCUUCACCAUGUCACCUCACCUUGCGAACGCAACCCCUCACCGCCACAAAGCGAUGAGAGCCCUACAGAUGACUGUGAAGAUGAACCCGUCUACAUAGAGAUGGGUGGGAUUGAUAUUGGACCAAGAGAACCUCUUAAGAGUGAGGACGAGGAGCCUGGAGAGUCUGUUUAUGAGGAGAUGAAGUACCCAGUUCUAGAUGAUAUGGAGUACCGUACGGACCCUGUGGGAUGUCGCUCUGCGUGCCCAACCCCAGCACCCUAUGACCCUGAACCUCUCAGCCGCUGUUCUACACCUCGAAACAUUCCCCUCUGUGACAUUCCAGCACCUUUUCCCAAUUUAUUGACCCAUCGACCUCCACUGCUGGUGUUCCCCCCGGCACCGGCUCAGUGCUCACCCAAUUCAGAUGAGUCUCCCCUCACACCUCUAGAUGUAGCCAAAUUACCCAUGCUGGAGAACCAGUCCUACAGCAAAUCCCCCACCUCCUCUACAGAACCUCCCUCCUCUGCACAUAUUCGCAGGGAGCUCACUGCCACCCCAACCCUCACCGUCUCUGGGCGCUCCUCUGCACCUCCUCUACCUUGUACCCUUUACAAAUCCUCCUCCUCAUCCUCCUAUCAGCGCAGCCACUCUGCUUGCCCUUCGCCGGUCAGCAUGGGCCGCUGUCUCACCCCUCUGAGCCUCAUGCGGACGCCUCCUUUCGAUGCUCCAAUGCCUUUUCCUGGGGGUCUGCCGCGUAGUGCCUCUGCUACCCCUCAUGGCAAAGGCUCACCACCUCAAGACUCUGUAGGUCGACUCCAUGGCUCUAUGCAGAACGUAUCAACAGGGCGUUCACGGACACCAACCAGCCCACUGGACGAACUGACCAACCUGUUCACCACAGGCAGGAAUAUGCUGAAGAAAAACGCAAGCGGCAGAAAGUCUAAGGAACCUGGAGAAACUGAGUCUAGAAGCAAGUCUCACAGCGAAUCCAAGCGAGAAGGCAAGGAACGGCACAGCCACAGUCACAGCAAGGAGUCUAAGCGAGAGUCCAAGGAGCGCCACAGCAAAGAGUCUUCUCACCGGAGGGACAGAGACAAAGACAGAGACAAAGACAGGGACAGAGAUAAAGACAGAGAUAAAGAGAGAGACAGAGAUAAAGAUAGGGGGUGCAGCAAUAUAGAGCCGCUGCCACACAGACGUAACAGUAAAGAUAGGGGGUUGGAGGCACCAAUUGUCCGCAGGGAUAGCCGGGACCAGGGCUGCAGUGGACCAGAGCCCGUCCUUGUAAGGCGGGACUCCAAAGACAGGGGCUGCAGCUCCUUAGAACCCAUCCCACUGAUAAGAAGAGAUUCUAAGGACAAAGGGAUUAGCAAUGGUGACAUGAUGCCGAGGCGAGACAGCAAAGACCGGAACGGGGGACAUGGACCGGAAUCUGUGUUGAGACAAGAUAGCAAAGACAGAGAGAGAAUGCUAGAUCAGCCGCCUGAACUGUUACCAAGACAAGAUAGCAAGGACAGGAUAAGGAAUGGUGUAGACUGUAGGCAUGAGAGCAGGGAGAGACUGCAGGAUAAGCCACCUGAGCUCUUACCACGGCAGGACAGCAAAGAGAGAGCCAGGAAUGGUGUGGACUCUAAACAAGAAAACAGAGAUAGGCCACCUGAGUUUCUACCCCGACAAGAGAGCAAAGACAGAGCGAGAACUGCAGUGGACUACAGGCAGGAUCAUCGUCCUGAUUUGUUACCUCGACAGGACAGCAAGGAGAGAGUGAGGAAUGACAUGGAACACAGACAUGAGGGUAGGGUAGACCAGCCACCUGAGAUCCUACCCCGGCAAGAAACAUCUAGAGGCACUAACAGCAAGGAAAGAGGGGGCUACAGCACUGAAACCAAGCAUGAUGGGAGAGAUAGGAACUGCCCCAAUGGAGGAGAUGUUCCUCCCCCUCUUCUGCCCAGGCAGGACAGUAAGGAUCUCAGCAGAACUGGCCUUGAAGUGAGACGUGACAGCAAGGACCGAAGUCUGAAUGGUUCAGAUCAGCACCAUUAUGAUGUUAAAAAUACCAAAAGCCCUACUGCAAGGGAAUAUAGGGGUGAUAAAGAACGAGGAUACAGACCAGAUGGCACACCACGGCGAGAUAUCAGAGCAAAUUAUAGCAUGGACCAAUCAAAAGCACAAGAAAGAAAUGGCAGCACAGUAGCAGGGCAGCCUUCAUCCACAACAACACCUACGCACCAUGGAAGAUCUGCUGGUAGCCCACCAGUGGCUGUGGGAACAGGAAAUGAUCUGAAAGCAGCACUUAAGUAUAGCCACUCACCUUCAAUGCCUGCUAACCCCUCCCCAAUGGGGACUCCACAAAGAAGAGCAGCUGAGGCGCAUCAGAGUCAGAUGCCCCAGAUGCCGUGGAUAUGUGGUGACACCACCAUGCUAGAGCAGAUUGAGAGGAAACGCACACUCUGCAUGGAAAUUCGCUCUAGACAACACCCACAUCUGCAGAGAUCUCUGGAGAGGCCUCCACCUGACAGGAGUGACGACAAGCAUCAGGAGCGGAGUCAGUGCAAGCAAGAAAGCACAUCUGUCCUCCCAGGCUGGGGGAAAAGCAACGGGGCCAAAAAGAUCCGUCCUCCCCCAUACCCUACACAGAAAACUGUGUUCUGGGACACAGCCAUCUGACAGUAACGACACAUUUAGCACCUCCCUACUGCACAACCCAAAAUUACUCACUCCCUCAUUCCUCUGGGUUGGACUGAUUGUCCCCUGCACAUCAGGGCCAUCAGAACAGCUCCUUAGAGCACCAGGGGGGUUAUACUCACUGAUGUCAAAGGACAAUGGUGGAUACCAUAGCAAUAUUUAUGCUCGUUCAGGUUGUCAUGUUUUCUUAUCAUCACUGGUGAUAUUUGAUAUUUUUCUAUUUCCUGUGACUGGAUUCUUGUAAUAUAAUUAGUAGAAUAGAUAUUUGAUGAAUAGAUAUUUUCUAAAUCAGAUGGCAAUUAAAAAGCAGCUUAAAUUAUGUACAGUAGAUGUAGAUGGAAUCUAAUGUUUGUUUUUAUGUUUUUUGUUUUGGUUAUUUUACAUUUGAAAGCAUAAUCUAUCAAUACUUGUACUGUAGUAGCAUAAUUUUCUUAUGCCCAGUUCUUUUUUUGUGCUCAAAAGCACUAAAACGAAUGGACGAUUCAAUUCUGUCUAUAUAUUCUUUACAUUUUCACUGUUGUAUUGUAAAUUGAGGAGUUGCGUCAACGUGCUUUAGAUUCCAGCGCCCUCCAUGCCUGGUCCAGUUUGUUCUAGAAUGUACAACAGUCAGUCCUAGAACAAAAACAGGAAACUUUGUGUGCUGCAGUUUGUAUUUUACAGUAAGAAGCUGUGUAGUCACUGUGUCAAAGCCUUUUGAAGCGGUUUAAUCGUUUUUUUAGGAAAAACUGUUGGCUGGCAUGUUAUAGAGGACAGAGAAAGUGUGAAAUGUUUCUUCUGUAUACACUAUGAGGGUGGGUUGGGGAGGUAGUAAAUUAGAACAUACAUUAUUAACAGUAUAAUUUGCAAAACCAGCCAAAGCCUAUUAAAGCGAGACAUGGGUGUGGUUGCACUUUGGACGGUUGGUUAUUUGAAAUGGGGUUGGUGGCAAUAGCUGGUGAGUACCAGUGCCCUUACUUUGCCAUGCACACUGCGAGCACCAUGACACAGUGUAAAUACUUGAUGCCAACAACCAGCCCGUACAAUCAACACCUGAGCUUUUAGAACAUUUCUUAAUUUUACUGCAGAUUUUAAUAGCCAUAUGCACUUGCUUAAGAAAUAACUUUCGAGAUUAUGCUUAUAUAUGUAUUUUUGAAAAUGUGUUGAGUAGAGAGCUGUGCCAUGGAAGUUUUAAUUCAUUGGCAGAUAGGUAAAGCCUCAGGAGACUGGCUGUGUGUGACAUGCAGCCAAAUAUGAUUGGUUGUCUCUGAUAUUAUUCCCAAUUCAAUUGGCUGGCAACCAUUUUUGAGAUCAGAUUGUACAAGGACCUAUAACAUGGCGACAGCUCUGCUCAGUUACAAGGACAAGGGUUGCACAAGGGCCUACAAAUCUUUAUUUAAAAAAAAAAAGUAGUAAAACUGCACUACCCAUCAUCCUCCAUCACAUUUAAUCAGGCUGGUUACAUUCAUGUCCCUGUCCCCCUGCUCUCUCCCUCUACCUCAGCCUCCUACUCACAUCAUCUAAAUUGGUUCUCUUUUGCACACUAAAAUGCAAUGUCUACAUUGCCAAAACAGCAUGAGCUGACAAAGGAGCUAGCCCUCAGAGUGCAAGUGCAGUACCCCUUUUCUGAGAAUCAAUGUGACAGAGGUCCCUCUGUAUUGUACCUGUAUGUGUGUGUGUGUGAGGGAGAGAGCUGUGCGUGUUUGUGUGUGUGCGUGUGUGUGUGUGCCAAGCUACACUGUAUGCAAGUUGAAUCUUUAAAAUGAUUGUUUUAAGACAUUCACUUUGCCCUCUUCAUAAUGUUGGUGGGUGGAGUUUGGAAAUGUAAUAAUGAUGAUGUACAAUCUUCUUGUGUGUAUAAACGUGCACUGUGAAAAGGUAGAGAGAGCACCGCACUGUCAGAGUCCUCUGUCUUAUUGCACUGAGUGUUCUCUUGUUUUGCGUAUAAAAAAGAAAAGGAAAAACAUGUUUGAGGAAAAAAAGUACUGUAUUCUGAUUGUCACUUGGGUUCUGUUGAGAGAAAUAAAUAAAUAUGAACUUGAAACCCGCUAUGGAAAAAA